CGUAAAGCAGGUUAUUAAAAACUUGAAUUAAAUAAAAAAUAAAUAGACGCGGUCUGCGGUGUGUGCGAAUGAAGAUCAAUUUUCUCUUUAAAUUUCCCCCUUUAAUGUUAUUUUACAAGUAAUCUAAUCACACAUCAGAGAUGCAGAUAAUUGUGUUUACUAUAAUUUUGUCAGCAGUUUUUAACGGAUGUAAUGCAAUAUGGUGUUAUCAAUGCACAACAGCCACUCCAGGCUGUGGGCAACCAUUCAAUUGGCGAGGAGUUGGAUAUUUAGGGAGUCCCUGUCUCGACAAUGAAGAUGUCUGUGUUAAAUUGAUUGAGAGGAAAGGGGCCAAGGAGGUGAUCACAAGAGAUUGUCUCAGUAAUUUUAAAGCAUUCCGAACUGAUAUACCAGCUGAUACAUAUGAAGGUUGCCGUGUUGCAGCCAAAGAUGUCAAUUUAGCAAACUUUGUCAAUAAUACUAUCAAAGAAUUGGAUAUAAAAAGAGACUGGUAUGAUGAAACCAUAUGGUGUUUCUGCUUCCUUGAUCAUCGCUGUAAUAGUGGGUCGGUAAAUUCUAAUUCAAUCCUAUUUUUAGCUUUAAUAAGCACCAUCUCAAUGGCAAGAAACAUACUGUUUUGAUAUACAACUCUAAUAAAAAAAUCAUGUAAUAUAGACUGAAUCACUUUGGGACACAAUUAAUAUGGGAUCUAAAGAAUUAAGAUUAAAGGAGAAUGCACAAUCCAACCAAAACAAAACAGACCUAUCUGACUAAAAAUCCAAUAUCAGUAGUGUUUAGCAUAAAUAACCUUUAAGUGAAGUAUUAAAAAGCAUAUAUAAUUCAGCAUUUUAGAAUGGAAUCUACUGAUUAUAACAAGCUGAAACUCAAUAUCCACUAUCUACCUUUUAUAUUAUUUAUUGGGCAUCAGUAAAACCUCACUGUUACAAAUAGGGGUAAAAGUGAAAAUUCCUUUUAAAAUACUUUG